AUGGCCUGGAUGGUCUUGCACGGAGUCGACUCAGUGCAAUCCACUCGCAUUUCGCGAAACUUGCUGUACACCAGUGGACCCCUCUCCGUCCUUUACCUGAAUUUCUUCUACCUGGACACCAGUCCGGCCUUCUGGUUAUCCAUUCCCCUAGCCGUCGUCCUAGCCCUUCUCCCGGACAUCCUCUGGCGUCUCGCCUCAGAUGCCUGGUGGGAUCACCAGAUAGCGCUUUCCGGUGUCAAACGCGAAAAGGAGCGGCGAAAGCGGAGAGCUAGGAGAAGAUUUUUCACGACCGAACCAGAUGGCUUAGAGGAAACUGCACUGGAUGCGGUAAGCAUGGAAUUAUGCCCUCAUGGUGACAACUGA